UGCUAAUGUUGGUGGAACUCCCAUUGGGUUCCCACCCAUAAAUUUGAGCCAACAAAUCAUACGAUCAGAAAGCUCCCAGAAUAAUGCUACACAAAAUUCAAUUUCAAGUAUGGAGGUUAAUUCUCCUUCAAAAGAUGAAAAACAUACGAAUGAAGGGAAGAAACGAAAGUCAUCCGGGAACAAAGAAACUCUGACAGGAGGGAAAAAGGGAACUAGUAACAAAAAAUGGAAACCUCCACAUAUUGAGGCAUUAAUUUCUUGCUUGGUAGAACUUGCUAAUAAUGGUUAUAAAGUGUAUAAGACAUUUAAAGCCCCUGCUUUCAAAAAGGCUGCUGAGCAUGUGAAUUUUAUCUUUGGAGAAAAUUAUACUACAUACAAUGUCGAGAACCACUUACGAACCCUCAAAGACAAGUGGAAACUUAUUUGUGAAGCAAAAAAGCUUAGUGGAGCCGGAUGGGAUGAAGAGAGUAAGAUGAUUACACUUGACACUACGACAUAUGCUGAGCUUAUCGAGAGACAUCCAAAAUACAAGCCUUAUUUGAAUUGUCCAAUUCCAAGAUAUGAAGAACUUCGCAUUAUUUGUGGGGAGGAUCAUGCUACUGGAGAAUUCAGAGAGACAAGUUAUGACCCUGACAUUGAUAAAGAGAUUCCAACUAUCAAUAUCGACGAAGAUGAUCUUGUAGAUAAUCUUGGUAUGGAUGGAGUUCGUGUAUCACAAUUAAAUGGAGUGGAGCCUUCGAGCAUUUUUAUCAAGCCAGGAACUGUAAGCGGUAAAUCGUCUCGUCCAGUAAAGAAGAAGAAAAGGGAGGACUCCCAAAUAAUUAUUGGUGAGAAACUUGUGGAGGAAAUGGGAAAGGUAGCCACUGCCAUUGUUGGUUUGAAGGAGCGAACUUGGGUUGAGGUUCUUGCUGAUAAGGUUUUUGGUUUUCAAGAUAUUUCCAUAGAUGAUCUUGAACUGGUUUUCGAUGAAUACUACAAGAAUGAAGUUGAAGCGAAGGCUUUUUUGGUAUUGCCCGAACCAAUACAGAGAAAGAGGAUUCUUAACGUGUUGGAGAGGAUAGGUAGGCGACCAACUUUGGACAACGCUCAGAGAGGAACUACUAGUUUCAGAAACAUGGAUAACACCCCGUAAUAAAUGGUUAUCGAUUUAAACUAUUUUUCUAGUAUGGAUAGUCUUCUUAGAGAUUGCACUUUAUUAUUUUAUUUUAAACUUAAUGAUACUAGUUUAUUGUCAAUUAUGCGUGUUGGACUUUGAUAUGAAUUGAGCUUAUAAUAAGACUAUGAUUCUUAUUUA